AAAUCGGAGCAUUUUUUCAUGAUUCAACAGGAAUCCUAGCUAAGCUAAAUCAGCCAUCUACUCCUGACACAGCCAGCCUUGAAGUUGAUUAUUUCUUGAUAUCGUUUAGCACAAAUGGAGGAUCCGGUGUAAUGGCCUACGUCCGCAGCGCUCGUGAUGUUGCUCAACAAGAAUAUAUUGUUGUAUACUUAACAGAAGUGGGAAAUGUUGUAGCUAAAGUUAAUAUAGGAAACAACGAAUAUACUGUACAAGAACUUGACUCUUACAAUGACGGUUAUCGUCAUUUGAUUAUAUUACGUCGCUAUGGAAACCGAAUAAUGAUGUCUGUGGAUAAUAAAGAGUCCGCCUAUAAGGAUAUAUCACCUGCUGGUAGUGAUAUCCAGUUUAUGUCACGUGAUUUGUUUGUAGUGGGCGGAAUUGAGUCGAAUCUUACGGGCUUUGGAUUGGACGGUUUAACAGGGUUUGACGGGUGCUUGUCUGGUGUGGAUUAUAAUGGUAACAUGCCAAUCAAAACAUUCUAUAUGAGUACUGCUGCAAUCGAAGACACUUCGGAAAGUUUAAAGAAAGGGAUUUGCGCUGGGUUCCUGACUCCUAUUGUAUUUGUACCAUCAGAACCACCAUCAAUUGAGCAGCCUGAAAUUACACUGCCGCCAUGGAAUGUGUUACCAGCUCAACCAAUCAUUUCAGGCGCAAGUACCGCUGUCUCUUAUACACAUCUAGAUGUGUAUAAGAGACAGAUCUCGCGCUGA